AGAAUGCUGUGUCAAGCUGAUAACGCGCAAGCCGUUCGUGACUAGGAAGUACCGGGCCCGCAGAGUUAAAGAAAGGAAAUGAGUGCAUCACCGAUGACGAUUAUCAAUUGGGGCGAAAACAAUGAAAAGGUUGUAAACUUGUUUUUUAGAGUGUAUAGUAGCAAGCGCUUGGUGGCUCAACCCACCGUCCCGUCCCAAAUAACACACUCAUAACGUCCAACCAAAGGGUGUAACUGUUGUUAUGAGAGUAGGGCGCCUUGCGCUCGAGUUUGAGAUAUAGUAGCGGCGCCUGGUGGCGGCGCGGGAAACGAUAACUGGGUCGUACCAGCUUGGGUAGUAUGGGUCCUGGCUGUGGCGAAGCACGUUUCUAAGGCGAGUUUUGCGCCGAUUCGCACUUUUUUCUGCCCUGUUGCAAGUGCGAAAAGGCUCGUCACUUCUCACAGACCACGCCGACCAUACUGCGAGCUGGCCGCAGCCUACAGUUAGCGAAAACGGACUCUCCGUGUGCCGUGGGACGUAAUGCUGGAAGCGGAAGGAAUCGGCGACGCCGAUCCGGAGGGACCUAGCUCAGCAUCGAAAAAGUGUCACCGUCGAUACUGCUGCGUUGUGGGCUGCCAUGAACAAGAAGGCCGGAAUCCCAACAUCCGAUUCUAUCGUUUCCCUUCAAGGCCUCACGAAGCGAAGCGUCGGGCGCGCUGGAUAACUGCAGUUCGUCGCGUUGGUCCCGACGGCAAACCGUGGGAACCAGCGUCGAACACCAGGAUAUGCAGUCGCCACUUUGUGGGCAACGAGAAAAGCAAUUUCAUCAGUCACCCCGCGUAUGUGCCUACAGUCUUCCCCGCGGCCUACAACAGGCCUCUUCCGCCUGACUCUUCAAGCCACAUCGAACGGUUUCAAAGGUGGCGGAAAAGGCGCCUGAAGCGGAGUUCCUGCGCUGCUGGGAGCAACGCUCCAGACACGCAAACUGCAUCUGAGGAAACCCUCGACGCAAGAAGCGAAAAUCCAUCAACCCACACUGAGCAACAGAAGCCUGCAGAGUGUUCAGACUACACUGGAGCUCUUGCUGACCAGACAAGAGCAGACAUACAUGGAGGCCUUCUCCCAGCAUUAACUCGCGAUGAUGAAGGCUGCCCCAGACCUCUGAAAGAGGAUUUGACUUCUGCAGGUACCUUGCAACUUGAAACACCAGCCCAAAGUGAUGACCAGCAGAUGGUUACACGCGCGGUUGGACCGCACACAAGGUCUUGCUACUUUGCUGGAUAUGAAAGCAUUGUAAGUGCACCUGAUGCACUUCAAAGUUUGUGCGGGGUAGACAGCAAUGCGUUUUCUUUAUUGCUUAGUCUUUCGCCAGCUGUCAGAGAAAGAACUGAUGUGACGAUUGAAAACAAACUUCUCAUGUUUCUCAUGAAAAUGAAACUAGGAGUAUCUUUUGCGGCCAUUGGUGUCAUGUUUGGGGUGCAUGAGAGCACUGCCUGCCGUAUCUUUUAUACAAUUCUGAACACAUUGGCAGAAGCAACAAAAGAUUGGAUUUAUAAGCCCCCUAUUGAAGAUAUAAAACUUUCGCAGCCUGAAUGCUUCAAGGAAAAUUAUCCAGAGUGCACUUUGAUCAUUGACUGCACUGAAGUUAAAACCGAAACACCAUCCGAAGUCAGGCAGCAGCACAAGCUGUUUUCUUCAUACAAAAAUUGCUACACACUAAAAUUUUUAGUUGGAAUUAUCCCAAAUGGAAUGAUUGUUUUUGCAUCUGAGCCUUUCGGCGGACGGUGCUCCGAUACACAAAUCACUCUUGAUUCUGGUUUUCUUCACAUCGUUGAACCAGGUGACAUGAUCUUGGCUGACAAAGGUUUCCCUGGUAUCCGUACAGAGCUUGCUCACAAAGGAGUAGUCAUGAUCAUGCCACCCUUUUCAGCUGGAAGUGGCGUCCCAUUUUCUCCUGAAGAAAUGGAGCAAACCUACAGCAUUGCAUCUGUGCGCAUUCAUGUUGAAAGGGUGAUUAAAAGAAUUAAGCAGUACGGCAUCCUGAAACAUGACAUCCCAAUUUCACUUAUUUCUUAUAUGAAGGAGGUUUUCCAUAUGUGCUGUGUUUUGGCAAAUCUUCAACCUAACAUAAUUGCAGUGACAUAA